UAUGCUACACUCUUCAGCCUUUGUGGGUAUAUUUUACUCUAGCUCCGUUUUUCUGUGGUCAUAUUAAAGUUAAUAUACAGGAAUACCAGCCAGAAACUAUGUGGGACCUUAUAGACAAACUUAAAGUCAACUUGAUAUAUUUACCAUAUUCACAAGCAAUGGAUUCACUACCGCAUUUAACGCAUUCAUUACCACAUUUAAAGUGUCUAGGAAUAAUUUCUGGACAAAUUGCAGCUAUAUAUUAUAAAGAAUAUAAAGACAAACUUCCUAAUACACAUAUUGUUUAUGGAUAUGGAAUGACAGAGAUUGGAUUCGCCACAGUUCAAUAUGGAGACUGCGCGGUUGAAUCAUCAGGCAAACCAGUACCUAAAGAUGUCAUUUUCAAAAUUGUUGAUCCUGAUACGGAAACUGCUUUAGACUUAAACACAGUCGGAGAAAUUCGUAUAAAAAACAAAACAGCUAUGUGUGGAUAUUAUAAAAACACCACAAUAGAUGUCUGGGAUAACCAAGGUUUUCUCAAAACAGGAGAUCUUGGAUACUUUAAUGAAAAGUAUGAACUCUUUAUUGUGGAUCGGAUCAAAGAAAUGUUUCGAUUCAAUGGUAGGCAUACAAUUCCUGCAAGAAUCGAGAGGAUCCUACGAGAACAUCAUGCUGUACUUCACGCUACAAUCAUUGGAAUACCAAUAAAUGACAAUGAUCAUCAUGCAAUGGGAAUUGUGGUACUUAGGGAUGGUUAUUCAGUAUCUGCUGAUGAACUAAUCAAUUUGGUCAAUGAUAGAAUGGAUGUUAUGCAUCAGAUUCGCGCGGGGAUUCAAUUUCUCGCUGAUAAUGAGAUUCCUUACACUGUCACCGGGAAGAUUGAUAGACGUAAAUUGAAGCAGAUGUAUUCAAAUUGAUUAUGUUGAUCUUUUUAAUACUUGAUACAAUAUAUGAACUGAAAUAUUUGAUAGAGAA